AGAAAGAGAGAGAGAUAGAGGAGCAGGAGAAGGUAGCACGGCGGCCGAAGAGGAAAAAGAAGAAAGGCGAGAGAGAAGCAGAGAGGAGAAGAGGAGAGGAAUUAGGGUUUGUUGAAACUCUAUGAAUCAAGCCGAUUCUGUGUUUCAGAGGGUUUUUACUAGCCGGAAGUUGUGUGUUUUCAAAGAGAGCGCUGCAUCUUAGAAUUUCGAGAAAGGAUUCUACCCUUAAUGCGAGGAGAAGGAGGCACGUGCUUUCAUUGACUUCAAGUUCUGGUUUGGGUGUCUGUUUAAUUUCAUUGUGAGAAGAACAAAAAGAUCUUUGCGCUGGAGCGGUUAGGGAUCCCGGGAACCAUGUCUUCUUUGAGCAGGGAACUUGUUUUCCUCAUAUUACAGUUCUUAGACGAGGAGAAAUUUAAAGAAACUGUUCACAAGUUGGAGCAGGAGUCAGGGUUUUACUUCAAUAUGAAGCAUUUUGAGGACCAAGUUCAGGCUGGGGAGUGGGAUGAAGCUGAACGGUACCUUUCGGGAUUUACUAAGGUUGAGGAUAAUCGAUAUUCCAUGAAAAUAUUCUUUGAAAUAAGGAAGCAGAAGUAUCUUGAAGCUCUUGAUAGACAUGAUAGAGCAAAGGCUGUUGAUAUACUUGUUAAAGAUCUCAAGGUCUUUGCAUCUUUUAAUGAAGACCUCUUCAAGGAGAUAACACAAUUGCUUACUCUCGAGAAUUUUAGGCAGAAUGAGCAACUUUCUAAAUAUGGGGAUACAAAAUCAGCUCGAAAUAUAAUGCUGAUGGAACUGAAGAAGCUUAUUGAGGCUAAUCCAUUGUUCCGUGAUAAGCUUGCCUUUCCUUCUUUUAAAGCAUCUAGAUUGCGAACAUUGAUUAACCAAAGUCUUAAUUGGCAGCAUCAGCUAUGCAAAAACCCACGUCCUAACCCUGAUAUCAAGACACUCUUUACUGAUCACUCAUGUGCACCUACUAAUGGAGCACGCACUCCACCCCCUGCAAACAGUCCCCUUGUAGGACCUAUUCCUAAAGCAGGGGGUUUUCCUCCAGUUGGUGCCCACAGUCCUUUCCAACCGGUUGUUUCCCCAUCUGCAAGUGCUAUUGCGGGAUGGAUGUCAAGUGCCAACCCAUCAUUACCACAUGCUGCAGGGGCUCAAGGACCACCAGGUCUUGUGCAACCUCCCAAUACAGCUGCAUUUCUGAAGCACCCAAGGACUCCAACUAGUGUUCCUGUUAUGGAUUAUCAAACUGCUGAAUCUGAACACUUGAUGAAAAGAAUGCGUGCUGGUCAACCUGAUGAGGUAUCGUUCUCCGGUUCAAACCAUCCACCGAAUAUUUAUUCGCAAGAUGAUCUUCCCAAAACUGUGGUACGAACACUUAAUCAGGGUUCCAAUGUCAUGAGCUUGGAUUUUCAUCCACAACAACAAACAAUUCUUUUAGUUGGAACAAAUGUUGGUGAUAUUGGAAUCUGGGAAGUUGGAUCACGGGAAAGAAUAGCUCACAGGCCUUUCAAGGUUUGGGACAUCUCUAAUUGUUCCAUGCCCCUACAGGCAGCAUUGGUGAAAGAUGCCACAAUCUCAGUUAAUCGAUGCUUAUGGAGUCCAGAUGGAUCUGUGCUGGGUGUUGCAUUUUCGAAGCAUAUUGUUCAAACAUAUGGUUAUAGUCCUAACGGAGAUUUGAGACAGCAACAAGAGAUUGAUGCACAUAGUGGUGGUGUCAAUGACAUUGCAUUUUCUCAUCCGAACAAGAGUCUAUCUAUUAUUACCUGUGGUGAUGAUAAGACAAUUAAGGUCUGGGAUGCUACAACAGGUCAGAAGCAAUAUAUUUUUGAAGGCCAUGAAGCUCCUGUAUAUUCUGUCUGCCCUCACUAUAAAGAAGCUAUUCAGUUUAUCUUCUCAACUGCUAUUGAUGGCAAAAUCAAGGCAUGGCUAUAUGAUUGUCCAUCAUCUAGAGUUGAUUAUGAUGCUCCUGGACACUGGUGCACAACAAUGGCAUAUAGUGCUGAUGGAUCAAGACUUUUUUCUUGUGGAACUAGUAAGGAGGGUGAAUCAUUUUUAGUUGAGUGGAAUGAGACAGAAGGAUCCAUUAAAAGAACAUAUUAUGGAUUUAAAAAGCGAUCUUUAGGCGUUGUCCAAUUUGAUACAACUAGAAAUCGUUUCUUGGCUGCUGGGGAUGAGUUUAUGAUUAAGUUUUGGGACAUGGACAUUACCAGCACACUGACUACUACGGAUGCGGAGGGGGGAUUACCUGCAAGUCCCCGGCUGAGAUUCAACAAGGAGGGCUCGUUGCUUGCAGUUACAACUAGUGAUAAUGGAAUUAAGAUCCUGGCAAAUUCUGAUGGGCAACGCUUGAUAAGGAUACUGGAGAGCAGGACUUCUGAGGGUUCUCGAGGUCCUCAACAAAUUAACAUUAAGCCUCCAAUAAUUAGUGGUCUCGCUGUUUCAAGUGUUUCUGCUCCUCUGGCUGCAUCCCUUGACCGAAUCCCUGCUGCAAUGUCUAUGAGUAGCUUAGCUGCUGCUGAUAGCAACAGAACAGGAGACGUUAAGCCUAGGAUUUCAGAUGAUGUGGAUAAGAUUAAGAUAUGGAAAUUGGCUGAAAUCAUUGAUUCUGCCCAACUCAAAGCCUUAAAGUUGCCUGAUUCAUUAUCUGCGAUGAGCAAGGUCGUGCGGUUGCUGUAUACAAAUUCUGGGUUUGCCGUGCUGUCACUUGGGUCUAAUGCGGUACAUAAGCUGUGGAAAUGGCAGCGCACUGAACGAAAUCCCUCUGGCAAGAGCACUGCAUUGGUGGCACCUCAGUUAUGGCAGCCAUCAAGUGGAACUCUCAUGACUAAUGAAAUAAAUGAUAGUAUUCCAGCAGAAGAAUCAUCUGCGUGCAUUGCCUUAUCUAAAAAUGAUUCCUAUGUUAUGUCUGCAUCAGGUGGAAAAAUUUCUUUGUUCAACAUGAUGACCUUCAAGGUUAUGACAACUUUUAUGUCUCCUCCUCCUGCUGCUACCUUUCUGGCGUUCCAUCCUCAAGAUAAUAAUAUCAUUGCAAUAGGAAUGGAAGAUUCUACCAUUCAAAUUUAUAAUGUCAGGAUUGAUGAGGUUAAAACAAAGCUCAUGGGCCAUCUUAAGAAGAUCACUGGCCUUACAUUCUCCCAGGCAAUGAACGUACUAGUUUCAUCAGGUGCUGAUGCACAGUUGUGUGUCUGGAGCAUUGAUGGAUGGGAGAAAAGGAAAUCAAAGUUUAUUCAGCCACCACCCGGUCGUGCAAGCCCGUUAGUUGGAGAUACAAAAGUUCAGUUCCACAAUGAUCAGACACAUCUCUUAGUUGUCCAUGAAAGCCAACUUGCAAUCUACGAUAGCAAGCUUGAAUGCUUGCGCUCGUGGUCUCCUAGAGACUCGCUUCCUGCACCCAUAUCAAGUGCUAUAUACUCUUGUGAUGGUCUUUUGGUGUAUGCUGGGUUCUGUGAUGGUGCGGUGGGAGUUUUUGAUGCAGAAAGCCUGAGGCUCCGAUGCAGGAUCUCUCCUGCUGCUUACCUAACCUCUUCAAUUGCCAGCGGAAGUGUUUACCCUACAGUCAUUGCCGCUCAUCCGGCGGAGCCCAACCAAUUUGCAUUGGGGAUGAGUGAUGGUGCAGUUCAUGUGGUGGAGCCAUCAGAUGCGGAGCCGAAAUGGGGCUCUUUGCCGCCACCUCAGGAGAAUGGAACCCUACCAUCCAUCUCAAACCCUGCUUUGAGUAAUCAGACCUCAGAACCACCUGCCCGGUGACAGGGAUGGCCUUCAUUUUACAUACAAAUCAUCAUAGAAACAUCUUGUAAACCCUGUAACUCCUCAGGGCAAAUGGCUGAUUAAAAUAUUAAGCACAGUUGGCCCUCUCUAUUUUGACCCACCCGAGGCCAUGCUACUGCUCUAGGAGAUGGCUAUCUUUCCCUUGUUGUAAAGCUUUGUAAUGUUUUAUUUUUAGCCUUUUUCUUUUUCUCUCUUUUUUCUCAGAGGGUUGGGUUCUAUGGAGGCAAGGAAAGGAUCAUUAGAAAGUUGUCGUCAUAAUUAUCGGAGUCAUGAGUCAUGACAUUCGUUAUGAUCAUCAUCUUCUUGACCUCCUCUUGUGCAAAUUGGUAGCUACAAUUAUGGCAUCUUAGCUACCUCUGAAGGCCAUGUUUGAAUGACUUAAGAAAGUUGUUUUAUUUA